AUGCUGCAAAGUGUCACAUAUUGUAUGGCUGAUACAGCUACCGUAACAUCAAUGAUCCAUUUGGAUGAGACACAGAAUACUAUCAGCAAAACGACGGAAUCAAUCAUCGUUGAUGAAAACGAUAGAAAGCAACAAAAAUGGAUUCUUACGAUGUUAUAUUUGUUUCGGAGAAACAAAAUGAACACGAAUAUGACUAAUGAACAGAAACUGGACGUUGCAGAAUUUUCGAUUACCCUUAGUAAUAAUGCUAUCAUUUCGGCGAUCAAAUUUGAAUCAAAAAUUAUGCAUCUUAUCCUGAUGCUGAGAAUUUUCAACACCAAGAUACAUCAUAACAAUGUAUGCAUUGUGAAUAAGCCGAAAAAAGCAACGCAGAAGAUUGCACUUGCAAUUCAGGAUAUUAAAAUGAUGGUUACCGAGAAGGGAAUUCCUGAUAUAAAUGCCAUAUUUCGCGGUUCUCUCACUGCAGUUACUAGUACUUACCAAAGAAUAUAUGAAGCGAACAAUUUGCUAAAUAGUGUUUAUUUGGCUGUAGAAAGUGCGAAAUUAAAUUACAUCAUUGGAAGUUCAUUUAUGAUUGAUGCAGAAGACAAGAAAGAUUAUGAUAAUAAUGAAAGAGAUAAAGAAAAUUUGUCUGCAUCCUCAUCAAAUGAACAUCAACGAACUAAGGAAGUUCAAGAAGCGAUCCAAUUUAACUUUGAUGUCAAAAUAUUGCAUGGAGAAUUGAAUGCUAAAAUUUCAUCAAGUGUCACAGCAAAAUAUAAUUCCAAAAAUACGCAUUGCUUUGGAAUUUUUCCAAAAAAAGGUACAGCAUCGAUUGAAAAUCAUUUCAUUACAUAUACCUCAUUUUAUUCAAAAAAAUUACCCAAAUGGAUGCGGUUAGGAAGUUUUUCCAUCAAAUUACCGUCAUUAUUGAUCGUAUACGAGAAAUAUACGACAAAUGAAAAUGAAAUUAUUCGAAUGGACAAAGAAGAAAUUGUAUGCUUCGAGGAAUCGUAUGCUAAUAUUGUUAUCACUGUUGGGAGUCUGGAUCAAUCAAUAAAUACCGAUGUAUUGAAUAUGUUACUAUAUUCACAUGAAACAGCCGUUGCUGAAGUUGCACAUGUUAUGGGCAUUGUGCGUAAUUCGACAGUAUUCAACCGAAAUUCUUACUACAAUUCACCAUUUCUUUUCCAAUUACAGAUACAGUGCGAAAAUGUUGCACCAUGGUUGAGGCUGACGUUAACCGAUACGACCAAUACCGCAUUUCGUAUUACAACAGAAGUGGUCAACAUGUUCUUCAUGGAUCGGAAUAUCCUGAAUAACAACAUUUUCCAGAGACAAAUACGAGGUAAUAUAUGCUUUUGUUUAAAUUUCAAACUUGGACAAAUGAUCCGAAACGAAACAUUCCAAGACGAUGAACUGCGAGAGCUAGCUGAUUUCACAACUAAUGCGAAGAAUAUUCUACAAGAUUUCAGUCUAUCACGUAGUUUCUGGAUGAAACAAAAAGUGCGUCAUGCAACGCAAGCAGAAAGCGAUUCAUCGCAAAUGACAUCACAUAGUUCACUUUUAGAUGUAGCAGAUGGCUUGGUAAUGAAGAUAACGCUGCUAUUUCGUGAUCGUACAACGGCAUGUAUACCGCUUUAUAGUAACAAUUAUCGACCGUUCACAUCUGCCCUCUUGUUUGGUUUGAAAGAUGCUGAAGCAAUGGUUAAAUUCGUACAAGGAGCCAAAGCUGAAGCUCAAUUUAGCGAUUUUAAAAUUGUUUUUGUGGAAAAUUUCGAAAAUGCCAUGGAAGAAUCGUGGAUUAAUGGCCAAGAAGUUACAUCGACAAAUUUUAUAUUCUUCCCGCUUGGUGUUUGCAAAAUUGUUGUGAAGUCUUCAAAGUCGAAACACUAUAAGCGAGUAGCAUCUGUACAAUGCUCAAUAAAAGGCCUUAUCUUUGAUAUUGAUAGCCGUAUUGGAAAUUUGGUUGGCGCAGUGUGGAAUACGUGUGCAGCAAUCAAUGAAGAUCAAGAUGUGGAUGCGAGUGAAUAUGAGCCGAUGAAAAUUGUCAUAAGCGAAGUGGAAUGGGAUGAUGAUAUUAAUCCGAAAAAUGAAUAUGCAUCGAUUGUCAAACCGGAAAAACGAAUUCGUUGGGUUGAACAAAAGAUUUAUGAGCAAACGCAGAAAUUGGCUGUGAUAAAGUCUCACACAACAGAUGUCGCAUAUCAAUGGGAAUUGCGACGUUUGAAAAAACUUCAGCUAAUUCGAGUGAAGCAAUUCAAAGAAUCGAUGCUUGAUCGCUUAAAACGACAAAAACUACAAGAGAAACAAUUAAAAAAGGCAACAAUUACAGAGGACAAAGCUGGAGAUGAAAAAGAUCUUGAGGGAAAAUCAGACAGCAAAUCAGUUACAGGAGAGCAAUCGGCAAAAUUCCUUCGAGAAACUACAUCGAGUGACGAGUUAAAAGGAAAUAUUGGCGGUACAUCGUUAGGAGAGCAUGAGAUUUUUGACAAAAUGAAUGAUAGUAUGAUGAAAAUUGAUGAAAAAAAGAAUGGUGGAUCAUUCGUAUUUGACAUGCAGUUUUUUGGCGAAGCCGGCGAAUGUAUGUUGCGAAAUAGAAUUUCAACGGAGUUUGCGAGUACGACAAAUGCUGCUUCAGAUGAAAUUAAAAGGCAUGAUGAAACCAGUGCAGGACUCACGAAAAUUUCAUUACCAAGAAGAAAAUCAACCCCGGCAGUAACAUCCAAUGCUACUUCCAUACCAUAUUUGUAUGUAUCAGCAAAUGUGGCUAAUAUGCCUGAGGAAACAGGUCUCACUCCACUUGUUGCUGAUUUUUUCCAGCAACUGCUGGAAAAUUUACCUCAACAUUUUCCUCAGCAGUCAGAAAAUGAGAGUGACACUUUUAGUAUGGCCGAUACAGAAUCGUUGUUAACUUGUAUUCAUUCCAAAUUAAUGAUUAAUAUCUUACUUUCAAUAACCAUCCAGUCUAGUUCACUUCGUUUCGAAGCUCAUCAACAGAGAGCAGGCGCAAUGGAUCUUUUAUUACGGUUACCAUCAUUAAAGCUUGUUGCUUCGGUUCAUAACGACACAAUUAACAACGGUUUCGAUAUUUCAUUAAGCUUACAGUCGUUUUCCGUUUGUUUCUAUAAUCCUCAUCAGCCUUCUCCGCUGGAUGCAUUUGCGCUUACAUUAGAUAUGUUCACCGUUGGUGUUUCACGUACGGGCAUAUUUUUACAUGAUAAUUCUCAUUCAAAGAUUGCUUGUGCAGUCGAUAUUGGCCAAGCAACAUUUACAUAUGAUAUGCGAAAAUUAUCUCAACUGAUAUCCUUCCCAGGUCCAUGGUAUCGUAGAAGGAUCGCGCAACGCUUUCUGCUCAAGCAAGAUCAAUUUUCAAAAGCCCAAAAUAUCGGAGUUGGUCAAUCAUUUACAAAACGAACGAGCAAAAUGAUAGAUAAAUUAACGCUUGAAGCAUCAAUAAGUGUUCAUUGGGAAUCUUUCAAAGCGAAAAUUCAGAUGUCCAGUGCAAUGGGUGACACAAAUUGGACAAUUGAUAAAAUUUCUGCAAAAGUUAUAUUUUGUCUCCAACCAUUCGUCGAGCGACGACUGAAUGCAUGCUUUGCCGUAUCAUUUUUGGAACAAGAAGCAAAAGGUGGCGCUAUCUCCGGAUCAUUACGACUGUCCAAUACUGCAUUAGAUUUCAGCUGGAUAUCCCUUUGCAAUCAGCCUACGUCAUUUUCAUCGAUGGUAAAUUGUAAUGAAUUAGAAAUGCGAGUUAUCUGGAUGGGCCGCGUAGUUACUGUUGUAUUAUUUGACCACCCAUCUCUUCUGUUUAAUGACGACUGGAAAUUAUGCAAUGAUCAACAUGGGAAGGUAAAAGAAGCAAUGGUAAUGCUUAACGCUAUUUUGAAAUAUUCUAAACUACAAGCUGUUAUCACUAAGGCUACAUUGAACAGUAUUGAUAGCAUCAUCCAAAAGCUCAGCAUCUUCUUUAAGGAACAAAUGCAAGAUAGUCGCGCGUUGCGCAGUCUAGCGAAUGGAAAAUUAUCAACGGUUAAAUGUGAGAAAAAGUCAACAGCAAUAUUUCACUGGGCAAUAAUUCUGGAUUUGGUCACUGAUAUGCAGAUGAAAAGUAAGGCAUUUCCGAUGCCUAAUGCUAGCAAUGGAAGGACAGUUAUUAGUGGACGAUUUAUUUCUAUUGGGCAGCAAAUUUCAUUGGUUCUAAUGGAAGGUGAAAUUACAGCGAAUCGCUGGGCACUUUUUUAUCUCAAUCAACCAACAUUAAUUUUCUCAAAUGCUGCACAAUAUAUGUUUCUUGACGAAAAACAAAAUAUUGGCAUUGAUUUAUCCGAAAAAUUACUACUUAAAUUGAGUGGUGCAACGAAAGGAAAUAAAUUUCAUGACAAUUGGACAAGUGCUAUUUGUAAAGUAGAGCGUCGUAAAAAUCAAACAUGUCCAAAAUAUACAACGAUUCAGGAAUGUCUAACAUUAUGCAUCGACGAACCAUUAGCUCAGCUUUUCUCAAUAAACCAAGACUCAAUCAAACCUCAAUCGAUGGUGCUUGAGCUGUUCGAACUACCAGCAAUGGAUUCUAUUUUUACGAGCAAUCAAAAGGCACCAAUUCACUUGGAAAAACUACGAGAUGUUAAAUCCGAAGUCAACUUUCUUUUUUCAUUUCAAAGUAUUCUUAGAAAUUUAGUAGUAAUGGAGAUUAAGAUCCUGUGUAACGUCAUCUGUGAUUUCCAUCAUGCACUUGGUGUCCAAACUGACCUUACAACACAAAUCAAUUUUCUUCCUGAAUUACUUCGAUCCUAUCUUAUGGAACAGGAUAAAGUUGAAAAAGGAGUAGGAAGAUCCAUGGAGAAAGAAACAGGAACAGGCAAAGUUGGAAAAACUGAUCAACGACAGUAUAUUUGCAAUCAGUGGAAAGUAGAUCCAAAAAUACGAUUCAUCGAUAAGGUGAAAUGGGAUCCUCCAGUUAUAGACGAGAUUCUGCGCAAGCUACAAAUAUUCGAUCAUCGGAAUACUAUACCCAAAGUUGUGCAAAGACAUAUACUGGAUCACUGCGAUAUGUUUGUUUCAAAAGCUCUUUCCUCUAUUGUGAAAGUUGCAAAAGAAGUUUCAGUAAAAAGUGACCCAAUGCCUGGUCAUCUUUAA